UCACUCUCAUCAGCUCUUCUAUAAGUAGAUCAGACACUCUGCGUACCAACACACACAUCACCAUCAAAGUUUCUUAGUUACAGUCUUAUAGAGCUUUUCUAGUCUCUCCAGUUGCUAAUCGCUUCCUGUUUUAGGAAGAGGAAUGAAAUUUAUGCUUUUUAUUGGAUACAGAUAUAAUAACUAGCAAGAAAUAUAUGGCUACUCCUACUUCAGAAUCAGUUCAAGAUGUUGGAGACGGAUUUCGUCCCACUGAAAAGGAAUUGGUGAAUCAUUAUCUCAAGCUUAAGAUGCUUGGUUGUGAUCACCGAGUCUCCAGGAUACCUGAAAUUGACAUCUACAAGCAUGAGCCCUGGGAUCUACCCAACCAUUUAGGGGUGAACUCAAAUGGUAAGGAGUCGUAUUUCUUUCAUAGUUGCCGCAGUGGACGACCUAGGAGGACAACAAAGGCUGGAUACUGGAAAGGCACCGGUAAGAAACGCGAAAUCAAGAACGCUGAGGAAGAGAUUGUUAUAAAAAGCAUUUUUGUUUUCUACAAAGGCCGUACUCCUAAAGGGAUCAGAGCUGAAUGGACAAUGCAUGUAUAUAGUGCUGCUGCUAAUCAGAGGGAUUUCGUUCUCUGCAAAUUAUUUAGAAAAGCAAAAAUAUAUAAAAGGGCAAUUGAUAUUACUGCACCAACAAAUAAUGAUGAAGGUACUAUACGUGCAACUGACAAUGGUGAACUUGAGAGUACUAUACCAGCCUCCGAUGAAGGCGAACUUUGUCAGGAUAUGGCACCUUAUGAUCUUCAAAAUCAGAAUUCUUAUCAGAAGACUGAUUAUUCAACCUUUUAUGGUGCUAAAACAUGUAAACUUAUGACCUGUGAAAAUCAAGCAACAGAUGCUGAAAUUAUAGAACAGGUGGAUUUCCAUACACCAACAAAUGAUGAUGAAACUGCUGACACAGGCGAGCUUGAUAGUACUAUACCAGCCCCAGAUAAAGGUGAACUUUGUCAGGAUAUGGCACCUUAUGAUCUUGAAAAUCAGAACUCCUGUAAGAAGACUGAUUAUCCAACCUUUUAUCAUGGUGAAACAAGGAAAAUUAUGAUUUGUGAAAAUCAAGCAAUAGAUGCUGCAAUUGCAGAACAGUUCGAUUUGGAACCACUACCAAAUAUGGACUUGUCCUUGGAAUUUAACGAACAGAGUUGCACAUUUAACUCUGCACUAGAUUCAUAUAUGCAGACAAAGCAAGACUUCUCUAAUUAUGAUAUUUGGGAUUUCUCAUUUUCAUAUCAUUUUCUAUCUGUAUGGAUAUAUAUAAUAUCAUUUUCUAUCUUCUCAUUUUCAUAACUGAACUUUGUUUAGCAAUAGCAUUAAAGCUUGCUUUAGAAUGUUAUAAGCAUAACAUGCUGUUUUCAAUCAUUAAUAAAGCCCAGAAAUGACAAAUGAAAAGGCAAUAUUUGUUGUCAAAUAUUUAUUUGUCAAAAUCCAGGGAAACAUAGCAUAAAAUCACAGGCAGAAUGGAGGACUUAUUGAAGUUAUUAGUGGAUAACAAAAUGUGUGUAUGAAGUUGAGUUUUAUUCCAUGCCUUCCAGUGGAUUGAUUAUACUCUA